ACCAACAUAACUUGGCUUAGCCUGUCCGGCAACAACCUGCGCACGGUGCCCUCGUCCAUCGGCCAACUCGUGAAUCUGAUUUUCCUGGACCUGAGUCGCAACAGCCUCCGCAGUGCAGCCGCCGUCGCUGCCAACGCCACCGUUGCCUUGACACCGGCCCCGGCAACGGCCAGCUGCGCUGGACGUCUCGGACGCCGCGUCUCACAAGGCAGCUCUCUCACCUCCCGGCCGGGCAGCAGCAACCACAGCAGCGGAGGGUCGGCUGGAGGCAGAGAUGACUGGUUUCCCUCGGUGGCUCCGGCACAUGGGGCCCAUGUCGAGGGUGGCGAAGGGAGCCCCACCAGCCAACCACUGCCGGACGAGAUGGCGGCACUCACGCGACUGGAGGAGCUCAACCUGGCCGAGUGUUCGCUCUACAGCCUGCCUCCGGUCAUCUUUAACAUCACUAGCCUGCGCCGACUCAACCUCAGCCAGAACCACUUUAAAGAGCUUCCGGAAGAGGUGAGUCUAGCCCGUCUCCCUUACUCCGGCCGAAUAGAGUGUCCGGGACUCGAACGCUGGGACUGUUUCACUCGAUCACUUCGCUUGGAAACAGUUUUGAUAGCUAUUCGACAGGCUGCUUCAAUGUGGCCACUCGUUUUCCUCGGCUCGACAAGUGUCGCCCUCCUCCUGUCCCCUCGAAUUGGGCCAAGCCUCAAAGUACCGCUGAGCGACGGAGGAUUUUACUGUUCGAAGGCGGUCGAACACUCGUUUAGUCAGUUGCCAGCCGGCCUCGUCGCUCUUCACCUUCUGUUGUCCUCUUGCUUUCAUUGCAUGUAA